AUGUCAACCGCUCACAUCAUGAAACCCGCAAUACGACGUUUGGCCGUCUUGACCAGGAACUUUUCGACUUCUGGAGCCGUCCUGAGACCGAGACCGACACAAGCUAGUGCUGCCAUUUCUGCUAGUAUAAGAACGCCCAGACAUGCUUCAAACCCCCAGAUGGCUUUCCCUUGUUUGGACAAGCGCGAGCAAAAGUCACAGGCUCUGUUGAAUGAAGGACCUGAGCCUGCUUAUUCGAAAAUAGGGAGAGAGAGCGUGCAUAUCUACAAGUCAGAAGAACCCAUAUUUCUUGAUUAUGGUGGAUUUUUGCCUGGAUUUCAGAUUGCUUACGAAUCGUGGGGAAUUCUUAAUGCAGACGCAAGUAAUGCCAUUCUGAUACACACGGGUUUAUCUGCCUCAUCUCAUGCAAAAUCGAACUCUCUAAACCAAAAAAGUGGUUGGUGGGAGGAGUUCAUAGGGCCUGGUAAAUAUCUCGAUACUGACCGGUAUUUCGUGGUUUGUACGAAUGUGAUUGGAGGAUGCUAUGGUUCAACCGGACCUUCUUCGGUGGACCCUGCUGACGGAGACAGAUAUGCCACUCGAUUCCCGAUACUUUCCGUUAACGAUAUGGUGAGGGCGCAGCACCGGUUGAUAUCGCAGCACUUUGGAGUGAAGAAGUUGUAUGCCUCCAUCGGCGCUUCGAUGGGUGGCAUGCAGUCUCUUGCAUAUGCCCAGGAGUUCACUGACGAGGUAGAGAAGGUGAUUUCCAUCUCUGGCUGUGCCAAGUCGCAUCCAUAUUCCAUUGCCAUGAGACACUGUCAGAGACAGGUGUUGAUGAGUGACCCCAAUUGGAAUAGAGGCUUCUACUACGAUUCGCUUCCGCCUCACACGGGUAUGAAAUUGUCCCGGGAGAUUGCUACGAUAACGUACCGGUCGGGUCCAGAAUGGGAGACCAGAUUUGGAACAGAGCGGGCAGAUCCCUCGAAGCAGCCCGCGUUGUGUCCUGACUUCUUGAUCGAGACGUACCUGGACCACCAGGGUGAGAAGUUUUGUCUGGAAUAUGAUGCCAAUUCGCUGCUAUAUAUCUCUAAGGCAAUGGACUUGUUCAAUUUGAGCAAGACUAACCGGGAUAAGGCAGAGGAAACGAGACUGGGCAGCGAGGCAAGAUUUACAGGAGAGUCUACCAGAGACAUCAAGUUCUCCUCUUCGGAGUGUGCUCUUCCAAACGAACCAUACACCGAGAAACCAAGACGUCGCGUAGUUUCCUUCGAGGAAGAAAAGGAUGAUCUUCGCCAAGGUUUGGAGAAGUUUGCUCACAAAGACGUGCUGGUGAUAGGCGUGGAGUCUGAUAUUCUCUUUCCUGUUUGGCAGCAGCGUGAGAUCAGCCAGUUCUUGAAGGAGAGUGCCAAAAAAUUGGGAAUAAGCAACGGCGAUAAUAUCAGACAUGUUGAGCUGGGUGAAGACAUCAGCAUGUACGGUCAUGACACAUUUUUGUUGAGUUUGGAUUAUAUUGGCCAACCGGUCAGAGACUUUUUGGGCUGA